CAGCUAGCGAGGCACACGGCAUUGUAGAAAAAGUUGCAAGUUUUAGAGAGAGAUAGAUAUAGAUUGAGAGAGAGAGAGUUUCACAUGCAUUUUCUAUAUCUAUGACUGCUUUCUUGUGACGGUGUGAGGGCACAUCCACACUUCUCCUCAUCCUCUUCACUAGGAUCCAAUUCUCUCUCUCUCUCUCUCGCUCUGAUUGCAUAUUUAGAGGGCUUUCUUUUCUCUCAGUAGCCUGCAAAAUUCAGUCUUUGGAUUCUUUUACAGAACAGAGCUUUUCACGUAGAAAGUGCACUCAGUUCUUCUCUUUAGCAGAAGUGUGCGUAUUUGCACACACUGAGUCUGAAAUCCACUCAUUAUUUUGCACAAGGUAGUUACUUGCUUGCAGAUCUCUCCAUCUCUGCAAAAACAAUUUCGUUUUAGCUCUGUCAUUUCACUUUCGAAUUAUUCUCUGUUUUCGAAGGGUGUCUGAUUGCGAAUUGGGCAAACUUUUUCCAGUGGUUUCGCAAUUCGUUUUCUGUAUUUUUGUUUGAUUUUGGAAAAAAAUUGGCCUACAUUGCACGAGCAGAUCUGAGUUGGACCUUGCACCUUUUGGUAAAUCUGAAGUGAAAGAUUUGUAGUUAGAGAUUUAAUUUGAUGUAAAGAUUGAAUCUUUUUAGGUAAUUUCCGUUAUUAGUAGGGUGUACUUCACCCUUCUCAAUCGGGUGUGUUCUUGUCACUUAGCUUAAUUUCUUCUGCUUUUGGUAGGCUGAGAGUGAUCCUUGACUAACAGAAACUAAAGUUUAGCUGUUUGUACUGAUUUUCAUCACUCUCUCUCUCUCUCAGUCUCACUCUGUGUACAUGAGUGAUGCAUAUAUCUGUGUCCUAUUUUUGUUGAUUUUGCAUGUUCAUAGUUAGGUGAGAUUGAUUGAAUUGAUUUCCUUUUCUGAACUAGUGGUGGAGGGGGCCCUCAUUAAGUCGACUCAAUUCAUCAAGCGUUUGGGCCCAAUAACAUGUGCAAAAUCAAAAUCAUGCAUGUAGAAAGUUUAAAGCGUCUCUGUUGCUUUCAAAUCUGGAAGUUUUCAUUGGAGGUUUUAAAGUCAGUUCAUAAUGGCUUCUUUUUGACCAUUAGAUCAACAAAAAAAAUCAUGUUUCUCUUUGACAGUGGAUGCUCUUUGAGGAGCCUGUAGAAAAUUCUUGAGACAAUGAAGCACAAGGAUGGAAAACCAAUUCUUCAGCAUGAUAAGAAUUCUAGGAAAGUUCCAAUGGCCAUAAUGUUUGUGGUGCUGUGUGGAUUUUCAUUCUAUCUGGGUGGAAUAUUCUGUUCGGAGAAGGACAGGUAUGCAGCUAACGGCGUUGCUAAGGCGGUCGAGAAUCCAAAGGAAAAGGCUGCAGUGCCUGCUUCAGGUGCACUGCAAAUGAAAGCUGUGAAGUUCAAUGAAUGCCCUGCUGAUUUCCAGGAUUACACCCCGUGCACGGAUCCUAAGAGGUGGAAGAAGUUCAGCCUCUACCGGCUUUCCUUUAUGGAGCGCCAUUGCCCUCCGGUGUUUGAGAAGAAGGAUUGCUUAGUUCCGCCUCCGGAUGGUUAUAAGUUGCCUAUUAGAUGGCCGAAGAGCAAGGAUGAAUGUUGGUACAGGAAUGUGCCGUAUGACUGGAUCAACAAACAGAAAUCGAACCAGCAUUGGUUGAAAAAGGAAGGGGAGAAGUUCCUUUUUCCGGGCGGUGGCACUAUGUUCCCCAACGGUGUCAGUGAGUACGUUGAUUUGAUGCAGGACUUGAUUCCUGGAAUGAAAGAUGGGACAGUUCGGACAGCAAUUGAUACUGGAUGUGGGGUGGCUAGCUGGGGUGGUGAUUUACUAGACCGCGGUAUUCUCACAGUCUCUCUGGCCCCUAGAGAUAACCACGAAGCCCAAGUUCAGUUUGCUCUAGAACGUGGAAUUCCUGCAGUUCUAGGCAUCAUAUCAACACAGAGACUUCCUUUCCCCUCCAGCUCUUUCGACAUGGCACACUGCUCUCGAUGCCUCAUUCCAUGGACUGAAUUCGGUGGAAUCUACCUCUUAGAGGUGCACCGUAUCCUCCGGCCUGGUGGUUUCUGGGUGCUUUCUGGGCCACCAGUAAACUACGAGAACCAUUGGAGAGGAUGGAAUACCACCAUUGAAGACCAGAAAACAGAUUACGAGAAGUUGCAAGAGCUGCUAACAUCAAUGUGUUUCAAAUUGUACAACAAGAAAGAUGACAUUGCUGUCUGGCAGAAAUUAUCCGACAGUAGCUGCUACAAGAAGCUCGAGGCCCCGGAUACGUACCCCCCAAAGUGUGACGACGGUACUGAACCGGAUUCAGCUUGGUACACUCCUAUCCGGCCCUGUGUCGUUGUUCCUGACCAGAAGUACAAGAAAAUAGCACUGAAAUCCCUUGCCAAAUGGCCCGAGCGGUUGCACACUGCCCCCGAGCGCGUCUCUGAUGUCCGUGGUGGCAGCGAUGGCGCUUUCAAGCACGACGACAGCAAAUGGAAGACGAGGGCGAAGCACUACAAGAAGCUGGUCCCUGCAAUUGGAACUGAUAAGAUCAGAAAUGUGAUGGACAUGAACACACUGUAUGGAGGCUUUGCUGCUGCUUUGGUCGAUUAUCCAUUGUGGGUGAUGAACACCGUCUCCUCCUACUCUUCCAACACACUUGGCGUUGUCUACGACAGAGGCCUGAUUGGAACUUAUCACGACUGGUGCGAAGCUUUCUCAACUUAUCCUCGUACAUACGAUCUUCUUCACCUAGAUGGCCUCUUCACUGCUGAAAGCCAUAGGUGUGAGAUGAAGUAUGUUCUGCUGGAGAUGGACCGGAUUCUCCGUCCCAACGGGUAUGCUAUCAUCCGGGAAUCAAGCUACUUCGUGGACGCUGUGGCAACGCUAGCUAAAGGGAUGAAAUGGGGUUGUCGGAAGGAAGAAACGGAGUAUGGCGUGGAGCAGGAGAAGAUCUUGAUCUGCCAGAAGAAGCUGUGGUAUUCAUCUAAGCAGAGCUCAAGAUGAUAUUGAGAAAAGUGACGAGUUGGGAUCAAUGGAAGCAUAUUUACAUAUAGAGACAUUAUAUUUAUCCAUACAAAGACAAGUUCUACACUGCCAUUUUGAUCAAAUCUUUCAACCCAAGGAGGAGAAGAACUAGCACAUUCAAUAACCAAGGUCUAAUAUUUUAGUGUUUUUCUUUUUGUUUUUAAUAUAUAUUCUUUUCAAGGUGGAUUGUAUCUUAUUCUUAUUCCAUCUGUUCUUCACCCUCUUGAAGCUGGGAAAUGUGUUGAGGGUGUUGGAAGUGGGAAUCGGCGGCCAAACUUUUUUACAGUAUCUAUUUAUUUGGAAACUCUUUAAUUUUA